UGCUUUUAAGGUUUAGAAAUGGCACAAGAAUGUCCACUAACAUCAACUAAAACGCCUAAAGAAACACCUAAAAUGACAGAGUUUUCAUUUUCUUUGUCAACUUUCCAGAACUCCACUUCAACGAACUCAGAUUUAACAAAAACAACAGAAGAGACCAAAGAAGAAAAAGAAGAUGAAGGAAAGGCUACAGACGGAGGGAAGAAAGAGGAUCAAGAAUCUCCGAAGCAAGAUGAUCUACAUUUUGAACCUAUAGUUCAAUUAAAUAAAGUUGAAACAAAGACAAAUGAAGAAGAUGAAACAGUUACUUUUAAAAUGAGAGCCAAGCUUUUUCGAUUUGAUAAAGGUGAAUGGAAAGAACGUGGUACAGGAGAUGUUCGAUUUCUUACACAUAAUGAUUCUGGAAAGAUACGACUAGUAAUGCGAAGAGAUAAGACACAUAAAAUAUGUGCCAAUCAUUACAUUGAUCCAAAUAUAAAAUUAAUAUCAAAUGUUGGAAGCGAUAGAAGUUGGAUUUGGAGCGUUGUAGCUGAUAUGAGUGAUGGAGAACCGAAUGCUGAAACACUUGCAAUACGAUUUACAAAUUCUGAAAAUGCAAAUCUUUUUAAAGAGAAAUUUAUUGAAUCUCAAGAAAAGAAUAAAAAAUUCUUUACAAAAUAUUAA